GAGAGACCGACGAGGAGAAGCGGAUGAUCUACGCCGACCCGCCCAAGGAUGUUCGCCAGGCCUUCGGCAUGAAGGAGGACGAGGCGCUGCAGAUUCUCCAACUGACGUACGGGUUCGCACACGCACCACGGCAGCGGUGGCUACAUGUCAAGGAGACUCUCAGCAAGCUUAGGCUUGAGGCCAUCCAGUGUGAGCCCUGUGUCUGGGUCAUCAGGGACGGCGACGGCAAGCCGAUCUGCAUGGUCAUUCUACACGUAGACGAUAUGAUGACCGCCGGAAAUCACACUGACAAAUCCUCCCUGCUGAAGCGGAAGGAGAUUCAACAAGCUUUCGAAUGGACACCAUGGGAGAGCAAGGCUUUCGUUCAAUGUGGAGUCAGCAACCACCAGAACGAUGACUUAACGUGCAGCCUCGCCCAGGACACCUACAGCAUGAACGUAGAGCCGAUUCCUAUCAAGCGCGGCAGGAAACCUACUGACGGAGUUUCCGAUCGCGAACGCUCUGAUCUACGGGGACGGCUUGGCACCGUGGGCUGGAGAGCGCAGCAGCCAGCACCGUGGUUCAGCCCCGAAGCUUCACUACUACAAGCCGGGAUUCUUACCGCGACGGUCUUCACGAUUCAGAAGAUCAACAAGCUCAUCCGCACUACAAACGACACCGCUGACGUCAUCAUGGUUAUGCCUGCCAACGAGAAGCUGGCAGUUGUCGGCUGGGGCGACGCCGCAUGGGCAGCCCGGAUCAGAGGAGAAUCCCAAGGAGGCGAGAUGAUCGUGCUGGCACCGCUAUCGUUUCUAGAAGGAUCCACAGAGACAGUGUCGCCUAUCUCCUGGAGAUCAUGUAAGUUGCCACGCGUUGCCAGAAGCAGUGCGAGUGUCGAGGUGCAGAUGAUGACGGAGACGCUCGACGAGAUCAGCUACGUGCGACUGUUCACCUACGAGCUAGAGUGCGGCCACGUGGAUUAUACCAACGAGCAGGCCGUGAACGACGCCAUCUCAACCUGCCCUGGAGUCCUGGUCACAGACGAGAAGUCUGGGUACGACGCCAUCGAGAAGAGCGAGUCUGCUGGACUGGGUCUUCGAGAUAAGAGGACCAGUAUCGAGUGCCUGGGCAUCAGGCAGCAGAAGCAGCAGACAAGGCUCCAGAUUCGUUGGGUUCACAGCGAUGCUAUGCUAGCCGACGGUCUCACUAAGGACCGCGCGGCCAAGGGCAUCGACAAGUUAGAUCACGGCAUCCCGCUGGAUCCCGACCACGCCAUGGAAGCCCUGGUGUACUUCUCACGUGACGACGAGUCCCAGCAGGUUGAACCUGCCGGACAUGAGGUCCUCCGGGCCGG